GUAACAGUAAGAUACAUUGAUUUUGGCAAUACAGAAAAUAUUAAGAAAGAAACUUUGGUUGAACUGCCACCAUCUUUGGCAGACACUCGACCAUUUGCACAUCUCUACCACCUCGCCGGCUGUGAAGUUGCUAAUGAUCCUGGUGCAAACGAGAUGACUUAUGGAUUGGUAGGGUGUUAAUUCAUUCAUUUAUUUACAUAUUGUUGGGGGCGGGAGUCAAUAAGCGGUUGAGAAACACAAAAUAGUAGUUAAAUAUUGUCUCGGUUUAAAUACAAUUAUUAUCGAUGCUGUAAAAUUGGCGCCAUAUUUAUAAAGCAAUAUAAGCAAAACUUACUGAACUUCAGACAUAAUUUUCUCUUUGGCGUACCAUCUAAAAUCUCUUCAUUUUAGCAUAAUUUUACAGAUAAAGCACUAAACAUACUUUUUAAGUUUGUUUGCCGCUUGAGAAACAUAUCAAAAAUUUAAAAAAUCGAAUAUAGUCAUACCCAAGUGGAGAAGUAUAUUGGAGACCUUACGAUUUAGGACGGCAACGGCUACCAAUACAAUAAAUCAUUGAAAAGAAUUGAAUAUUAAUUACAAUAUAUGAAUAAUUUAGACAUUGUCCUCGCUCUGUUUACAACGCCAAAUCACAGAUUUUCACGUCUUGAUACAACGGCUGCAUUUCAAGCCGCAACAAGUGCAACUUCAAACUGGGUUUAGCAGAACUUUUCGUCUUCAAUUUCUAUACAAUGACUGUAUUCAGUUCAUACGAUUGAUAAUAUACGACGAAUUAUCUUUACUACCAUUUAUUUGAAGGAGUUUGUUUUGGCCGUCGUCGUCACGUUGCCGUCCUAUAAUCGUUAGGUCUCUAUUCAUUAGUUUGAGCACGUGUUACGUAACAUACAAAAGAUUCGCCUCUUAAUGUAUAUACUUUUUAUCUUCAUUGUUACAGGGUGUUGAACAAUUGAAGAACCUCGUCAUUGGAAAAUUGAUCAACGUGAAAUUUUUAUCCGAAAACUCACAUGGUGAGUUUUGUUAAUUUUGUACGCUUAAAAUCUUUACAACAAUUGUGAUAUUGACAUUUUCUGUGUUGGUGCAAUGUACUCAGGUGAAUAUGAUGCUUGUGGUGUUACUCUGAGUGUAUAUCCACACCGGGCAAGCUUGAAAAAUAUGCCUGACCACGGUGGGAUUCGAACCUACGACCUUUGGAAUACUAGCCCAAUGCUCUACCAACUGAGCUACGCGGUCUGGUCGGUUCGAGUAUGUGAUAUUUCGGAACAGAAUCUAGUUCCUUCGAUAUACAUUGAGUACAUUGCACCAACACAGAAAAUGUCAUUAUUACUAGAUUACAUUGAUAUCGAAGGAACUAGAUUCUGUUCCGAAAUAUCACAUACUCGAACCGACCAGACCACGUAGCUCAGUUGGUAGAGCAUUGGGCUGGUAUUCCAAAGUCGUAGGUUCGAAUCCCACCGUGGUCAGGCAUAUUUUUCAAAAUUGUGAUAUUACUUUCCUAACUGUGUUUAUCCUAACCCACCCUGUCAACUUUCCCUCUGGGAAGAAACUGGGCUACCCCGAAGAGAACCCACGACUUUCGGCAGAGCGUUGACUGAUUCUUUUCACAUGAGUCCGUAGUCAUUAAACCGUAAACCCUGCGUUGUCAUCUUGUUACAAGGUUGAUGACGGUAACAGACUUGCUACAAGUUGUUCCAACAAGACUAAUACAGGCUGUUCGUAAAAAAUUGCUACGAGCUUGUUGUCAUCAACUUGUUAACAACUUGUUACGUGCAGACGAUAUCAGACUUGUUGGAACAACUUCUUGCGAGUCUGUUGGCCUCAUCAACCUUGUUACAAGAUGAUAACAACUUGUUCCAGACUUGUGCAGGCUAGCUCAGCUAUGCAUUUUCACCGCACACGUUGGGAAAACUACUCAACAACAACAUAAUUGACAAAAUCGUUUGCAUUUUCCUCCAUUUUGUUCAAAGUCACAUGAAGAAACUAUAUGGUUUCUCAUUGGCUCAGCACUAAGCUCGCAACAUCCGCAGACGUUGAGAUUUUUUACUCGCGAGGUGAAAAAUAUCAAACACGAUAGAUAUUUUCCUCAAGGCCUCGAGAGGUCAAAUCCUCACGAAAACUAUCCACUCACAAGAGAAACUUGCUAAGCGAGCUGCCACGCGAGGCGGUAAGCUCAGCAAGUUUCUCUGCUUAAUCUUCUAAAUUCUUCAUUUUCAAUUUUCCAGGUGGGGUGAAUGUGACAGUAUCGUAUCCGGGGGAGACAGGGAAAAGUAUCAACGAAAUGAUGCUGGACGGGGGGUGCGUCCAAAAGAUGAGGGUAAGUACCAUAUUGAACUUUUGUUUAAUGUCUUUAUUUCGCAUAAUAAUCGAUAACGGUUAUGACAUGUAAAUAGUCCGGAUCUAUCUUGUCUUUUGUGUGCUGUACGUAAAUCAAGCUUUACUGACUGUAGAGAUAUAUCAACACUCUAUUACAUUACAUGUGAAAUAGUCUGGAUCUAUCUUGUCUUUUGUGUGCUGUAUGCAAAUCAAUCUUUACUGACUGUAGAGAUAUAUCAACACUCUAUUACAUUACAUGUGAAAUAGUCUGGAUUUACCUUGUCUUUUAUGUGCUGUAUGUAAAUCAAUCUUUACUGACUGUAGAGAUAUAUCAACACUGUAUUACAUUACAUGUGAAAUAGUCUGGAUCUAUCUUGUCUUUUGUGUGCUGUAUGCAAAUCAAUCUUUACUGACUGUAGAGAUAUAUCAACACUCUAUUACAUUACAUGUGAAAUAGUCUGGAUCUAUCUUGUCUUUUGCGUGCUGUAUGCAAAUCAAUCUUUACUGACUGUAGAGAUAUAUCAACACUCUAUUACAUUACAUGUGAAAUAGUCUGGAUCUAUCUUGUCUUUUGUGUGCUGUAUGCAAAUCAAUCUUUACUGACUGUAGAGAUAUAUCAACACUCUAUUACAUUACAUGUGAAAUAGUCUGGAUCUAUCUUGUCUUUUGUGUGCUGUAUGCAAAGCAAUCUUUACUGACUGCAGAGAUAUAUCAACACUCCAUUACGUCUGGAUCUAUCUUGUCUUUUGUGUGCUGUAUGCAAAUCAAUCUUUACUGACUGCAGAGAUAUAUCAACACUCCAUUACGUCUGGAUCUAUCUUGUCUUUUGUGUGCUGUAUGCAAAUCAAUCUUUACUGACUGUAGAGAUAUAUCGACACUCUCUUUCAUUACAUGUGAAAUAGUCUGGAUCUAUAUCUUGUCUUUUGUGUGCUGUAUGUUAAUCAGCAGGGUGCGAUAAUUCGUGUCCGUACGUACCGGAAGUACGCCAAUAUUACGGUGUGGUACUUCUUUGUUUUCAGCCAAGUCCACGUAGGUACGCGGAACUCUUGCUAUCUACGUACUUUUUUUUUUGUUGGUGCCAAGCCUAAGUUAUUCAAAACCAUAAUUUUGUCGGAAUAUGUGGAAGUCUGACAGGACUUGGCAUUAAAUCUAUUUUUUUUUAAUGAAUUUAGUAAAACAUAUAUCAAUUGUUUUCCUCUUAAGAAAAUUAAAGGUAUAGAAAUAAAUUAAAUCAUUCUUUGCGAUUAGCCAAGCGUUUAUAUUAUGAACAGCAAUUAGAGCGUAAUAAGUCAAAUUGUAAAAAAACGUGGAAUAACUUGAAUGAAAUUAUCAAUAAACGUAAACAAACAAGUAAACUCCCAUCUACAUUUAUAAUUAAUAAUGUUGAUUGUUCAGAUCCAAUUUCAAUAGCCAAUAAUUUUUCCAAAUAUUUUUCAACCUUAUAGGGUCUAAUCUAGCUACCUUAUAGGGUCUAAUCUAGCUAGUAAGAUUCCUGCACAGGUUCCUGUCCCCCCAAGGGAUAACGGAAAUCGCAAAUUCUUUUAGGAACGAUGUGGCCUCUGGCUACGACAAUUUACCUGUGUCUGUUAUUAAAGAAUCUAUUGAUCUAAUUGCUAAGCCUCUAGCUCACAUUGUUAAUCUAUCUAUAUCGUCUGGCAUUUUUCCUGAUUUUUUAAAAAUUGCGAGAGUAAUACCUGUAUUUAAAUCAGGCGAUCGUAGACUUAUGUCAGACUACAGACCAGUUUCAGUCCUUCCAAUUUUCUCUAAGGUCUUUGAAAGAGUUGUUUACAAUCGUUUGAUAAGCUAUGUGGAUAGACUCAAUAUUCUUACUGAAAAUCAAUAUGGAUUUAGAAAGGAUCAUUCGACUUCUUUAGCCUUAUUGGAUCUAUAAUAACAAAAUUUCUUCAGGAAUUGGUAUAAAGGAGUUCACAGUUGAUAUUUUUUUUAUCUAUCCAAGGCAUUUGACACCAUUGAUCAUUGUAUUUUGUUUGAUAAACUUCAACAUUACGGAAUUCGAGGUGUUCCUCUAGACUGGUUUAAAAGUUAUUUUAACGAAAGGCAACAAUUUGUUGUAUAUAAUGGUAUAAGUUCUCAAAAAAUACCAAUCAACUGUGGUGUACCGCAGGGAUCAAUACUUGGUCCCUUACUCUUUUUACUAUAUAUCAAUGAUAUUUGUAAUGCUUCAGAUAUCCUUCACUAUGUGUUAUUCGCCGACGAUACAAAUUUAUUCUACUCACAUAAAAACCUGUCAUUUCUAAUUGAUCAAGUCAGUCAUGAGUUACUUAAACUAUCUGAUUGGUUUGCUGCUAAUAGAUUAUCAAUUAGUUUUGAAAAAACUGAGUUCAUGAUUUUUAGACCGAAACAAAAAUCAUGUAAUGUUGAUGUUAAUAUAGUCCUAAGUAGUCAUCAAAUUUCCUUAACUAAUGAGGUUAGUUUUCUCGGAGUAAUUUUGGACGAGCAUCUCUCUUGGAAAUCUCAUAUUACGCAUGUAACAAAGAAAAUGUCUAAGUCGAUUGGCAUCAUUAAAAAGGCUAGUUUUUACCUCUCUAAAUCAACGUUGUUAACACUAUAUUAUUCUCUUGUUUAUCCAUACAUGCAAUAUUGUAUUUUAGUCUGGGGAUCAACGUAUCCAUCAAACCUAACUACCUAAGACGUAUUGUGUUAUUACAGAAGCAGGUUGUUAGGAUUAUAAAUAAGGCCGUAUACGAUGCUCGUACUGAGCCCAUGUUUAAUGAUCUUGGACUUCUCCCAUUUCAGAAGAUAUAUUUAUUUCACUUAGGUAAAUUUAUGUUUCUAUUCCACAAAAGAAUGCUAUCGGCUAAUUUUGAUAAUUUUUUUGUUGUGUUAAUCAAGUUCAUAAUUAUAAUACACGUAAUUCUAAAUUGUAUAUUAUGUCCCUUUCUGUAGAACUAAUAUUAAGCAAUUCUCCGUUAUUUAUCAAGGUGUGAAGUUUUCUAAUUCUAUUAGUCGGAAUAUUUAUGAUGCUUCGUCUGUUUCCUGUUUUAAGAAAAAAUUAAAAGUUUAUCCAUUGGUUUAUCUUUUCGAUAUGUAAGCGUAAAAACCAUAUUAAUUGUUAUAAAUAAAUUCAUACUUAUAUACUUCCUGAUCCUGGUUUUAUCGGAUUAUAAUGAGGUGGCCCAAAACUCAUAAGCCUCUUGGUUUCAUCUGGGCUUCCUUGCCUUAAUACUAUAUAACUAUUUUAUUUAUAUUUUUUGUAUUUACAUGCAAUAUGUGUGGCAAAAUAAAUUGACUUGACUUGGGUUGAUGUGAUCAAAUGGGACUAAGAAAAAAGUUCGAGUCAAUUGUAGUGUUUGUAUUUCCAAUGCACUCCUUGAUCUAUAACACAAGUUAUACAUAUAUACACAAGGUGAACUUUAAGUACUAGUUAAAACAGAUAAAGAUGGGAUGGGAAUGUUUUAUCGUGCAUAUAAAACGACCCAUCUUAUGAGUUCAUUAGCGAAGUAAUUUUAAAAAUAAAGAUUGUCUAAGCCGAGAAAAUCAAAGCUGAAGUUUAUGGAAAUCAGGACAAAUCUUUAUGCGAUUUACAAUUUACUGAUGGUAGAAAUAUACCGACACUCUAUUACAUUACAUGUGAAAUAGUCUUUUGUGUGCUGUAUAAAUCAGUCUUUACUUAUUGUAGAGAUAUAUCGAAACUCUAUUACAUUACAUAUGAAACAGUCUGGAUCUAUCUUGUCUUUUGUGUGCUGUAUGUUAAUCAGUAAAUCGUAUCAUUUAUAAUAUAGUAGACAGUAGAAAGGACAGAGCUUUAUGUAUAAUUCAGUCAUCGGUAACAAGAUAAAGCCGAUAUUUCGAUCAGGAAAACGAGACUGUCUAACCAAAGGCUAAGCCCUUCCUGGGAAAGGUGCAUGUAUUGAGUUAUUAAAUGUGGCACUCCUGGCGUGGGCGCUAGCGUGGGGCACGCGCGUGGGAGUGAAAACUGAAAAAUUCAAAAUACAUAUUUCUGCUUGUCGUAUUCAAACCCAAUUUUCUACGUAAAAGCGCUUGAAUACAAGGAAUAUUUUACUCGGAUGGAGGUUUUUAUCCAAAUGAAAUACAGAAUGUUUGGCCAAGUUUGAGUAAAUGUACGAUUGUUUUGGUUUGUGUAAUGUUUAGAAAAGUUUAUUUUCAGGGUGAACAAGAAACAAUCGACUCCAAUCAUGUUUCAUAA